AUGGGAGAAACGCUAUCCACGACCGCCGAUACCGGAUUUCCAACGGCUGCACGCAGAGGAGUCGAUCGCAUUGUAGUGCAAAUCGUCAUCACCGCCACGUUGGCGAGCCCAAAGCAUAAGGAGAAUGUCAAGGGGAGAUGUCGCCAUCCGACCGACGCACUCGUCAACGAUCAGAAAGGAAGCUAUCAGUCGGCUGAAGCUGAUGUCGUCAAUCCAGCUAAUGCGAGCGAAGAGUUAAAGGAAGACAGCUGGAAAAUCAAACAUGCAGCGGAAAGCACGAGAGACUACGAGAAGUUUUUAAUAGAGAUGCAGCAGAGGGUGAUCGAGAGGCCCCUAAUCAUGGAACAGCAAUCAAUCAUUGCUCAAAAACAGAAAUUCACUCGAAAAUACGAGGAAAGAUUGGCGGCUGUUGGCAAGGAUUACGGUAGCGGUGAUUUCGAAAGUGAAGAAGAGACCUCGGAAGGCAAAAAGCAAUCCCCAAAGUCUGUUUCGUCUUCCACUUCGUCCUCGUCAGGAACCGCUUCUUCCAAAAGCUCGUCUUCGAAGAAGUCGCACAGUUCCGCAACGUCAGCGUCGAGCAGCUCAAGGAACGAGACAAAGAUCUAG